AGGUCAAACCUAUGAUGCAUCCAAUAUGUUAAGCUGUGUUUUAUUUCUGAAACACACAUCUCCCAUACAAGCCUACUGCCGGAAACGUCGAGGUGAUCUACGUUAUGGAUCAUAGGUUGAAACAUGUUGAAAGCAGUGGACACGAUUGGUAUUAUGUGAGAUAUCGAGAAUGGUGUGGAUGUGUUUAAAGCAAAUGAAUGUGUGAAGAGAUAUAGCUGUUCACAGUUGUUCUGAUACAACAGGUAAGAUGGUCUACCUCACUGUCUUACUGGUGGUAUCAUUUGCUACCACGGGUGUGGUCUUUGGCCUACUGGAUCCAUUACCGAUGCCGGAUAUCCUUCGAGAAUGUUACAGGUACAGGACCGAGAAUAUUAGCGUAUCGGAAAUGACAUCACAGAGCCUUAACAGUUUCUGCAUCACAGACUUCCUCUCCCAAACCGUUCUCCUACGGCCCCAGAGGGAGAUAUCAAACACUUCCAUCCUGUAUGCCCAGGAACUCGUCAGGAGAGUCAUACAACGGGUCGAAACCGGAAGUAGAUCCAAGAGACACGUUAGGGAGAGGAAGGAAGUCCGAACUUUGACGCGGGCGGAAUGGAACACAUUCACAACCAGACUGAAUAUCCUCAAACGACCUGUGAUGUUGGCGAAUGGGGAGCAGUUCGUACCGUACGAUGCUAUUUCUGAUAUCCACAUGCCGCCAUACAUCCUGCUGGCAGCACAUAUAGGACCAAAUUUUCUCGGCUGGCAUCGGGUUUACCUUCUCCUACUUGAAGAAGCACUUGGUGUAGCGCUGCCAUACUGGGAUAGCAGACUGGACUUUGAUAUGGUAGAGCCAACCGAUUCAAUUCUCUGGUCACCAGAGUUUUUCGGACAAGGUUUUGGAGUUGUGAACAACGGACCUUUUGCUGGAUGGAUUACGCCCCAGGGGAUCAACCUUAUCCGGAAUAUUGGAAAUGACGGAUCCCUCAUAACUGAUGAACAAGUCCUGGGAAUUCUCAUACAGGGCAGUCACUACGAAGUCACAGAACCCAUUCCGAGAUUAAGCAUUGAACGUGUUCACGAUGGACCGCACGUCUGGGUUGAUGGUCAAUUGUCCGCACUUGCCACCGCUCCACAGGAGCCCGUCUUCUUCCUGCACCACGCCUUCGUGGACUAUAUCUGGUAUUUGUUCAGGAACAGUCUACGAAUGGAAUAUCCGGGAAUAGAUCCACAGUAUGAUUACCCACUGAAAGGAAAUGUUCUACAUGCUCCAAAUGCACCAAUGAUACCUUUUAAUAAUCUACGAAACAUCCAGGGGUACAAUAACUACUUUGAGUCUCGCACGGCCUAUGCACCAUCACCGACAUGCCCUGACUGCGGCAGAAGUCCUUACUUAACUUGCAAUGUAACGAUUGGAAGGUGCCGUUCUCUUUCUGUAGCAGAAUUCUCGCCGGCUAUGUUAGCGUCAUUCGGAGCUGCAGCAGCAUUUGCAGGUGCAACUGCCGCGGUCGGCCAACUCAGGGCACAGACACUGGUACAGCAGGUAGGUCCACUUCCAAUUGGAUCUCGAUUUAGAGUGUUUAGCCGAGAUCCGAGGACAAGGGGGGAUACACUGCCAAAUGCACCACUAGCUGCUUCGAGGAAGCGACGUAGUAUAAGUAACGAUUCAAGUGUCAAUGAAGAAAAGCUCCAAACUACAAGUAUGAAAAGCAUGCGUCGUGUAGAGGAUCCUCAGAUCAAUAAACCAUACCUGAACACGUUUGUUCUGAACGGCGUCAGCGAUGUUAACCUCUGGGUUUUUAUACCGGUAAAGGUUAUUUACGAGAAACCCUCUGAUACAUCAGGCAGCAUGGAUGGAUCACCAAAGAAUAUAUAUUCCCAAACACCUGAUAACAACGGGACAUCGUUAGAAGAAAAAACAAUACCGGCUUCGUCUCAUAAAUGUCGUGUUUCCGGUUCCGGUGCGUCCAAGGUUUAUGUCCAGACCGACGGUAUUGACUAUUCCGGCAGGUACAAGGACUAUGCAGUUGUGGAUGAACGGCUAUCUAUCUCGUCAUCUAUGACGUAUGUCGGUGUCAAAAACCCCAAGCACGGUGCAGCACAGUUUUAUAUGAGUUCUUUUGACUCGUGUGGUCAUGUCUGUAAACCUAAGUGUCUGCUAAAUGGUAAAUAUAGUGCAUGUUCUGGAACCUUCCAGAUAACUUCAUCGUCCCCCUUGAUGUACGGAGUGACCGUUGACGAGGCAGUCAGGGAAUUAUGGGAUAUUGAAGAAGCACUUCCGGCUGUCGCACCACAGGGAAAGGCACCGGUAGUGUUCACCUGUAAGAUGUACUCAGAUUGGCCAUGGGAAUUAUCUUAACUGGUCAUUUAUUUAGUUAUAAAUAAAUAACACCAAAAUAAUA